CUGCAGCUCGGCUGCCACAGCGCGUUAUGGCUCAGUUGCGUGUGGACGCACCACGGAUGUGGACAAGAAUUCCAGCGUUCGGCGCUUAAAUGCCGCAAAGUGCGCGUUUUUCAGCUUAGUGCGCUUGCAAUUUGUGCAUGUGUAUGUGAAUGUGUGUGUUCGUGAAUACUCUUCGAGCAGCAAUCCUUAAAGAAACGCGCUAUUUUAUCAGAUAAAUUGUGGUUUGAAGCCUCAAAGUGAACACACAAAUAAUAUAAAAAAUUAUAAUUAAAUGUAGCGCUAAUAAAACUGUUAGAUAAUAGCGGCACGUUUCCUCUGUAUAAUAAUAAAAAUCAAGAGCAUAUACGACAAUUGCUGUGCUGUAAGCAAAUCUACGGAAAUAAGUAUCACAUAUCCUCGUUUGAUUACUGAAAAAAUCGCAUGCGAUAAAUACAUACAUAUACCAUACUUAAAGCUAUAAACCGACAAAUAUAAGUAAAGUCGCUACUACCCUUCAAAACCAGCAAAAUUAUCAAACGGCGUCAUCACAAGCGCGUCAGCAGCAUGUCAAAGAAGCUCUUCAUUCUCGUUUUAACGGUUGCGCUGGUGGCAACAAUAUUUGUUAAUAGUGUUAGGAGCUCCGCAGUGUUGAUCUCUGAUAACGCCAUGUCGGUAAUGGUAGAGCUUUCCUCGCGGCAUCCAUUCUGCAAAAUGCAUACUGAUCGUGGUGAUAUCCAACGUAUGCUGCUGCAAUCGGAUCCCAGACGCAUCCGACAGGUACCGCGCGAAUCGGUUAUGGAGCUAGAGGAAGUUUGCUUAAAAUCCGGCUCGUAUGGGCGCGAGUUUCGUGGAGGCUUGGGUUUUAUCUAUCCCGGCACGAAAUGGUGUGGACCAGGCACCACCGCUGACGAUUAUAAUGACUUGGGUCCGCAUGCCGCCGAAGAUCGCUGCUGUCGCGAACACGAUCACUGUCCGAAUGUAUUGAAUGUGGGCGAGUGCCGUCGCGGCCUCUGCAAUACCGGCACUUUCACGCGUUCGCAUUGCGACUGUGAUGCACGUUUGCGCAAAUGCUUACAAUCGCUCAAUACAGGGCCGGUUAUAAUAAAACGGAACAAGAUACUAUUUGCGCUCAGUGGCAAUAUCAACCAUCCGAAAAAUAUGUACCCAGUGCACCAGGACGCACUUAAAACAUUUAUACAGAGCAAAAUAAUGAAGAUGACCGAUAUCGAAGGAGCAACAGAACAACAGAACAACGAAACUUUCAGCAAUUAUCUCAACUUAUUUACUAAAAUUAUAUAAGUACCUAAUUAUACAUACAUACAAUAUACCUGAUUACAAGUGAAUGCAAAUUUCUUAAAGCAAACAAACAAGUAGAAAAUUACGCCAAAUGAUGUCGUGAAGGAAACGAGACGAGAGAAAGUAUUAUUAAAUCUUAUUAAUAUAAAAAUAUUAAUUUUUAUUUGUAAGCUGGUGGCAACGCUAAAUAUUUUAAUAGUACGUAUUAAAAUUAUUUGUAAUUUUUUAUUUAAUUAGUAAUAAUAAUAAUAUAUAUUUUUUAAUAGUUUUAUUAGUGCGCAUAUAUAAUUUCAUAAUAUUUUUUUUUUUUUUUCAAGAAAUCUUUUUACAUAAUCGCAUUUGCUGUUCGUUUUUUAAUUUAACCAUAUUUUAGAAUUUAAGAAAAGUGGCAACACCGUUCAAAAAUAUAACUGAGUUCUUUACAAAACAGCUUUGCUUUUAGAAUUAAUUGCGAAUGAAAAUUUGCAAAUAAUAAUUUAUUUACAUUUGAUAUCAAGUGGCAACGUCAUAAUUUCAUACUACUAAAACUUUCUCAAGAAAUCUCGUUACAUAAUCACGGAAUAACGAAGAGAAUUUUUUUCAUUUAUCCAUGUUUUGGAAUUUAAGAAAAGUGGCAACACCGUUCAAAAAUAUAACUGAGUUAUUUACAAAACAGCUUUGCUUUUAGAAUUAUUUGCGAAUGAAAAUUUGCAAAUAAUAAUUUAUUUACGUUUGAAAACAGAUGGCAACGUCAUAAUUUCAUAGUACUAAAACUUUCUCAAGAAAUCUCGGAAUAACGGAGAGAAUUUUUUUCAUUUAUCCAUGUUUUGGAAUUCACGAAAAGUGGCAACACCGUUCAAAAAUACAACUGAGUUCUUUACAAAACAGCAUUGAUUUUAGAAUCAAUUGCGAAUGAAAAUUUGCAAAUAAUAAUUUAUUUACGUUUGAAAACAUAUGGCAACGUCAUAAUUUCAUACUACUAAAACUUUCUCAAGAAAUCUCGUUACAUAAUCACGGAAUAACGGAGAGAUUUUUUUUCAUUUAUCCAAGUUUUGGAAUUCACGAAAAGUGGCAACACCGUUCAAAAAUAUAACUGAGCUCUUUACAAAACAGCUUUGAUUUUAGAAUUAAUUGCGAAUGAAAAUUUGCAAAUAAUAAUUUAUUUAUAUUUAAAAUCAAGUGGCAACGUCAUAUAUAAUUUUUCAUAUUCAGUUGCGGUAAAGAGCUUUGCAAGUCGAUACAGCUUAUAUUUCAAUUAAAGUUAAGAAGGUCAGAUGGCAACCAUAUCAAAAAUAGUGUGCAUUUUUUAAAAACUCUUCAAUAAAUAUUUUAUUGACUGGCCAUACUUUUGUGUACCCUAAACCACUCAUAUUGAAACAAAAUUUGAGCUUUGGUUAUAAAAAUAGUGUUAUAACCAAUAUAUGUAUAACUGACAGCGAUUUUGGAUUUUUUUUUGAUGACACGUUGUUUUGCAUUUUAGAUGACAUUUAUACAUGACGGGCUGAGCCGAUUCAGCCAUGUCCGUCUAUAUAUACGCGAUCUGUCAGCUUUUGAGUUAUAAGUCUAAAAUUAUGCAACCUGCCGAUCUCGGGCCACUAUAGCAUAUAGCUGCCACAUUAACUAACAGUUCCAAAUCAUUUUAUACUACAAAAAAGUAUCUGUGAAAGAUAUUAAUGCUUCGGUGCAGCCGAAGUUAACUUUUUUCUUCUUUCAAACUUCAUAUAUAACGCAAUCUUUUCCCUUUAUUUACGUUUUCAAAUUUCAUUAAUAUGGCGAACUUUUUUUUUUUUAAUUUUUCUUGUUUUUAAAGUUGCAUCAGCUAAAAAAUUUACAAAGAAAGCAAAAAAUUAUAUCAGAUUAGUACAAAAAGUAACGGAAAUGCGUGCGGCAGGCGUAAAUAUCUUUAGAUAUCUUAUAUGAGUAUAUAAAGAUGUAUUACAAACACUAGAAUAAUGUGGUUAUCUAAAAAGAGAAAUUGAAAUAUAUUUAUGUUACAUAUCAAUUGUAAAUCAGUAUCAAUUAGCACUUAACUUAUGUACAAAUAAAUCAAAUAUUCUAUGCUCAAAGAAUACAAAGCUUCCAUA